AUGCCAUCCAAACCAGUCCCCUUCCCGGGAUUCACGGCGCUAUCAGAUCGCAUCUAUAUUCGCAAUGGCAACGAGAACACAAGUCCAGUGCCGGCGGACCACCCAACCACAAUCAUCAUCUUCGCCUGGGGCGACGGGCUACCAAAACAUGUCUCCAAAUACGCCGAGGGCUUCAACAAUCUCUUUCCCAGCUCCAGGAUCCUCGUGGCCAUUUCAGGCACAUUCCAUGCGUCGCCCCAACCACUCAAUGAUCGCAUCAAGGCAAUGAUGCCGAUUAUCGACACCGUCUUCCCAACGCCAACAGGCGACAACGCCAGCAACACAGGACAGGAAAGAGUCCUGCUCCACGCCAUGUCCAAUACCGGGGGAAUUUUCAUGGCGGCUGCCAUGGCCGCAUAUCAAGAGCGACACGGCAAGGACAAGCAAAUGCCGCAUGAGCUGCUAGUAUGCGACUCUACGCCGGGCGGUCUGAUCUUCUCCACACAAGUAGGCCGGUGGUCGCGCGCGAUGGCGGUCGGCACGGCGAAGAUGUUUCCCUGGCCCUUUGUGGUCACCCAGGCCUUCUGGUGGCUCUUCCUGUGGGCCAACUAUCUCUUGGAAAUCGUUCGGGGCUCCGAGCCUUCGGGCGUGUGGGCGAAUCGUAUCAUGAACGAUCCUGAUGUUACGAUCCGGGAGGCGAGCAGGUUAUACUUGUACUCCAAGGAAGAUGAGAUCAUCUGGUAUGAGGAUUUGGAAGAGAACGUGGCUGGGGUGAAGACGUUAGGGUACAGAGCUGUGGACACGGAAUUAUUCGAGGGCUCACCGCACGUUGGGCAUAUGAGGAUGCAUCCGGAGCAGUACUGGAAUAGAAUCUUGGAAUGUUGGAAGGCAGCAAUCGCUGCCGCGUGA